UUAUAGGAUGCCGACUAUAAUAUGUAUCGAUGUUUCUCUUUCAAUGGAACAGAAAGCAGCAGAGGAAUCUCUUCUGGACCAUUCCCUUUCAUCCCUAAAAAGCUUCUUUUCUAAUCUUCAAACUGUGGUCCCUAACGAAUUCAUCGAGAUCAUAACAUUUUCCCACACGCCCUCAAUACUGGUGGAAUUCACAAAAAACACCACUCAGCUAACAAACAGUUUAUCAGAGAUUGAAUGUCAGGACAAGACCUGUAUGAAGGAAACUAUGGAGCUGUGUCUCAAAGAAUGCCAGCAAUGGAACGUGCUCACUUCUACUCACAUUGUCCUUAUAACUGAUAAGAUUCCUAAUGCUCUCAAGGACUCUAUUGAAGGGUUCCCUUAUGGGUGCUCCAUGUCCUUAGUUGCCUUGACUCCCACUACUGAUGUUAACAACAGGGCUCAGACUUUUUUGAGAUCGUGCAACUUAAAGGGCAAGCUUUAUCCGGGGCCUGUCCUAGGUAAAGAUUCAGUAGAUAGAAUAUUCGAGAGUAUCAUGCUGGAUCACUACUCUAAGUUUGAAGCGGCUCUGUGGUUUGGACAUCAAACUACCAGUGUGGCUAUUUCACCCUCACCUGAUGUGGCGCAUCUUGCUGGUAUCACUCUGAAACCCACUCCCAAGACAUUCCCUGCUACCUUGAGAAUACACGGCUUCAUCCCCGCCACUGAUCUUCACAACCCACCAUAUGUUUCCAGACACGUUCUGUUACACGCGGGACCCCGGUCACCAGUUAAAGUGACCUCCAAGACACCAGACUUGAGAGUUAUUCUCAAUGAAGGUCUCCGGGCUAAGGAUUGUGUAGCUAUUGUGGAUAUAGGCUUGGGCUGGUUUGGAGUUGUGUCUAGUCACCUCCCUAAAUCGGAGCGAAAUCUUAAAAAAUCUAAUUUAGUCUUCUCCAUUAUUGCUCCAAAUGCUUUCUCUUGGCUUGGCAACCCUAACUUCCUUGGACUCAAAAGACUAGUUAGUGUGGAUAAGCAGUCGAACAUGCCGUACAAGGAAGAAUACAGUAACAGUUACGACAACAAAUCAGGUAGCGGGAUGGUCUGGAUAAAAUCCAGCACCCUGAAACAGAACAUCAUGAAAGUAGUUAGGUACGCCAAGAGACUCCCGGAUAAAGGAUCAGCCAUGUUUCUGAAGGAGUUGAACAAGGUGAGAAGGAGCAUUCUUUUCUAUGGCUUCACUGAUAUGAUGGACGUGUUGUGUCAGCUGCUGGAAAAAGAGAAAACUCCAGAAAAUACUGAGAUAUUGGAUAAUUGCAUUGCUCAGCUUCGGGAUGAGCCUGACCCAGCAAAAAUUAUAAAGUGAUAAUUAGAUGAACUGAAUAUUGUUAAUACUUGGAAAGUAGCUAGUUCUAUUGUAUUUGUCCAAAUUCCGACGAAUUUAUAUUAUCAUGGAAGAAAGGCCAACUUGGGAUACCUGAGCCGUGAUAUCAUUUCAUUUUUAUCUUUGAUCUUCGACAUAAUAUUUCACAAUUCACAUGAAUAUUGAUUUAAUGUAACUUUUAUGCCUUUAAUUCUCUUCAUUAGCAUUACGUGGAUUAUUGUGAUUUAAAAAUUUGUCGUAGUAAUUUUUGCCAUCCAAUGGCAUUUAAAAAUUACGGUUCCUUUGUUUCCCCAACGUUUUUCUCUGUUGUCGUGAGCGUGUUAAUUUUCUUAACUUAUUACCUUAUAGCUUUAUAAUAAGGACUGAUGUUGACCUCUGGAGAUAUUUAUAAGUUGUCUGACCGUGAACUAAGGGAGAAGCUAAGAGAAUAUGGCACUCAACCUGGACCUAUAACUGGUACUACCAGGAAAGUUUACGAGAUGCAACUCUUAAACCUUAGUAGCAAAGUCCGAUCUUCUGGAUCGGGGGUGAAGUCCAAGUUGAAAACUGACCCGAGUCAUGAUUGCAUCUGUAUGGAUACAAAGGAUGACAGAUCAAAACCUGUUGAUCGGGCAAAGGAAUUAUACAGUUUUGAUGAGUUGCACUUGAAAUAUCUUAUCGAUAAAAUUGGAGAGACUAAAUUUGAUGUUGAUUCUGUUGACCUAAGAGACAUCGGAAACACGAAAUACGACGGUGUACGAACCGCUCUAGCUCUGUUUGAUGGCCACUGUCAAAAGAGAUCACGAGAUGACAAAUACUCGAAACUAAAGAGAGUGAAAGUGAUCGGGCUAGUUCAAAACUUAUUUAUCGAGGCAAAUUAUACCUCUUCAAAGAACAGACUGAUUCAUAAUCACACACACCACAAAGAAAUAUUUGCUUACCACGCCACAGCUUUAACCAAUGUUCCCAGUAUCAUCAGGAACAAUCUCGAUCCAAACCACCCUGUUAAACAUGGACGGAGGUUUGGAGAUGGGUGCUACUUUUCAGAGUAUCCAGAGUUCAGUUUUCAGUAUGGACGGGACUGUUUGCUGGUAUUCAAAGUUUUGGUGGUGUCAGGUCACCACAACAGAUACAGGAGUGACGAGAAGGGGUUUUGCGAGCAGAUCAUCAUAAAGGAUCCCAGUCUGUUUCGACUAGUUUACGUCUUGUAUUUUUAAAUCUGCCGAGAAGGUAAACACAAAAAUGUAUAUUAUGUCAUCGUGUAAUUAUUUUUUAGCUUCAAGUUAAUGAUAUAACUUUUAGGUUUUAAUUUUAGAGCUUAACAAGUUCGAUUUUAAUUAUUAAAUUAUUAAUAAUUUCUAACCA